AUGAUGAAAAAAGCGCCUGAUCCUGUAGAUUUGCUGAUGGUAAAUACAACAAGAUCGGAGCAUAGUAGUGAUUUCUCAAGUGAAAUGACUCGUGAGGAGUCAUUUCGCUCCAUGGUACCCUAUGAUGAAUCAGAGACAACCUUGGAAGAAAAGUACGUUAUGCAGAGGCUGCCCACAGCGUUUGCAAGGACACUGUCGUCUAUACCGAGUUUUGAGCAGACUAAGAAAACGUCACAGAGGGCGGAUUGUCAUUUGAAAAUAGUGGUUGUUGGGGAUGGAGGUGUAGGCAAGACAUGUCUUUUAAAAGCAUACGUUCAGCGGCAGUUUUCCGCUGAUGAAGUACCUAAUGUUUUCGAAAAUUACACAACAAAAAUUGAAGGGCCCAAAAAUAAACUAAUUGAGUUGGCCCUAUGGGACACUGCUGGUCAGCAAGAAUUCAAUAGGUUUAGGCCAUUGUCAUAUUCUAAUGUCGACAUCGUCAUGGUGUGCUACGCAGUAGACGACAGAAAAUCCCUCUCGAAUGUCAAAGAAACGUGGAUACCCGAAGUUAAACAUUUCUGUCCUGAUGCGCCCAUCAUGCUACUGGGACUGAAGUCAGAUUUGUAUCCGAAGUGCAAGAACUUAAAAAUGAACGCUAACAAAAAAGCUAGCAACUCUGAAGAUUUCGUACGCCCAGAAAUUGCAGAAAUCAUUUCUAAAAAUUUCGGCACAUUUGUUCAUAUUCAAUGCUCUUCGAAGACAUGUAUAAACGUUGAUGAAGUCUUCAAUAUUGCCCUAAAUGCGGGACUCUAUGAUGUACUGUAUGGACCAAAAGAAAUUCCACCAAUUUUGAAGAAUCCUUUCAAGAAGAAUUUAAGUAAUAAAAAAUCAACUUCUGACCUGAAGCUUCACACUAAGAAAAAAGAUGAAAACACGAAACAAAAAUGUACUAUCUUUUAA